UGUGCCGCCACUUCCGCCGUUUUGCUUGGGCCUACAGUUCCCGGCAUGCAGUGCUCCGGAGGCGGUUUUUCUGCUUCGUGUAAACACCCGAAGGGAGCAAAAGGAAGCGGUAAGAGUACCGGGAAAACGCCGCCCGGGAUCCGUUGCAGGCAGCGCCUCGGCUGCCUUUUCCUGACAACCCAAAAGGCCUCGAAACGGAACAGAAUAUUUGAUAAACAUGCUGCCUACAAAGGUGAAAACAGAAAAGCCAGAUCUGGAGACCGCCAAUGCUCGAACCCGCCUUGAUGCUGUGCUGCAGUGCCUGCUGGAGAAGACCGAUGUUGACCGGGAACAAAUGGAAGAGGAUUCUGGGAAGACAGCAUCGGAUGUCCUCUGCAAGGACUCUUCUCCUACUGCCACAGGAAAGAGGCCCUCCGCACGGUUUUCCCACCACCGUCGCAAGAAGAGGAAGGAAACAGAUGAUGGUCUCACUGAAAGUGGGCAGCAAAAACAGAACACUUAUGUAAUCAAGCUGUUCGACAGAAGUGUAGACCUGGCACAGUUCUCUGAGAAUACUCCCCUGUACCCCAUCUGUCGGGCCUGGAUGAAGAAUAGCCCCACCGUGCGGGAGCAGGAACGAUCUCCUAGCCCUCAAAUAGCCAGCCUUCCUGAGGAUGAGGAGGGAACUGAGGGUCUGAAUGGAAAGAUCCAAGAUGUUUUUAAGAUGCCGUCUCCAACUGCCUGCCAGGCAAAUGCCAUGGGCGAGCCGGUGAACCUACGUAUCCCAUCCCCACUGGAGCCUGAAGAGGAGACAAAACCGGUUAUUGACAUGGCUUCCGACACAGUACCGUCAAUGUCCAGCCUCAUCUACAAGAACAUGGACCGGUGGAAGAAGAUCCGACAGAGGUGGAAAGAGGCCUCACACAAAAACCAGUUGCGAUAUGCAGAGAGUAUGAAGAUCUUGAAGGAGAUGUAUGAGCGGCAGUGAGACCCAAGGCUGCUUUUACACACAGCUGUAUUCCUCUUAUGGCCAUUGUCGUUUGGGGCUUGUGAUCCUGGGAAUCCAUUUUGUUUUGUGGAUUUGUAUUUCCUCCUGAUUUUGUGUAGCAAUAAAUAUUUGGAGAAUGUGA